CCAAAGAGGCUAGAGGAAGAGAAAAAAAAGAUCGAACGAAAUUACCCAAUCCGAGAGCAAACCUAGGGUUUUCGCCAUGACCACCGCGCGCCUCGAGCUCCUCCACCCCUCCUCCAUUCCCAAUCUCUCCUAGGGCGACGCCGAUACCCUGCCCCGCAUCUCGCAUCCGCGAGAAAGGAGCCGCCUUUCCUUUCCUCUCCGCCCGCUCCCUCUCUUCCAUCCCAGGGUUUCCUCCCCCUUUCCCCUUUCCGCCCUCAAAGCCGCCGCAUCGCAUCGCGUCGCCCACCCAGCAAGCAAGCAAGCCGCCCGCUAUCGUCGCCAGGUAGGGCGUGAGAUUCGGAGGAAGGCGCUGGCGAUCGACCUCCGGGUUAGGGCCUCGGCAGCGGCGGCGGUCGGAUAAUGUGUAUACUGUGCGCCGUGCAACGGUGGUCGCGCCGCGUCGCCACCAUGCUGCCGUGGCUCGUCCUCCCGCUCAUCCUCCUCUGGGCGCUCUCCCAGCUCCUGCCCGCCGCCUACCGCUUCGAGGUCACCUCCCCGCGCCUCGCCUGCGUCUCCGUCCUCCUCCUCACCCUCUUCUGGUACGAGAUUCUCCUCCCGCGCCUCUCCAUCUGGCGUGCCCGCCGCUCGGCGCGCCUCCGGGAGGAGCGCCGUGCCCAUGCGCUCGAGCUUCAGAAGCUCCGCAAGACCGCCACACGCCGUUGCCGCAACUGCAACAAUCCCUACAGGGACCAGAACCCUGGCGGCGGCAAGUUCAUGUGCUCAUACUGUGGCCACGUAUCCAAGCGGCCCGUGCUUGACCUUGGCCCUGCGGGGAAGGUCCCGGCUGGGUGGCCUUGCAGUCAGGAUUGGGCUAAUGCAGUCGGUGACCCAGGUUACUGGCUUGACCUGCAGUGUUCCGCUGAUAACUCGUACUCAGGCUUCUCAUGGCGGCUGUUCUCGUGCUUUUGCACGAGUAUGGCAUGGUUCUGGAAGAAAGUGUUUAGGUUUGGGUCAUCAGUGGACAGCGGUGGAUUGGGCCGGGAUGGCAGAAUGUUGACAAAAGCAGGGGACAAUGGAGGCAAGGCUGAGGAGAGCAGAGUGGACAAGGCGAAAAGGAAGGCUGAGGAGAAGAGGUUGGCGAGGUUGGAGAGGGAAAUGCUGGAGGAGGAGGAAAGGAAGCAGCGAGAAGAGAUGGCAAAGCUAGUGGAGGAGCGGAGAAGGCUGAGGGAUGAGAAAGCAGAGGCUGAGGAGCGAUCCAAAGGCGCUACCCCCGUCGGGGAGAAGGAUGCUAGGAAGGAGGCAGAACGGAGGCGGCAGGAGAGGAGGAGGAAGGAAGACAAGGGAUCAAGCAAGAGCAAUUCAGACUGCGAGGAUGUUGAGAGAAGAGUAAGCAGAGAAGGUGAGAGGAAGCGCGACUUUGAUAGAAGGAAUGAGACAGACAGGCGGGACGCAGCAAGAGUUGGGACAGAUGGAUAUAAGCCCAAUAACUUUGAAGCUAACAGUCAGGGUAGUAAGAUAGCACAGAGCAAGACGAAGUACUUUGGUCGUAUGACUGGAGGUUUAUUAUCUUCUUCCAGAGGUUUUGGUGGUGGCUCCUUUUUUGGUAGAAGUGCUCAGGCACCUGUUCAUCAAGCUAACAAGGUGACUAAACCGCUCGUUACUGCAACUGACCAGAGUAUUAAAAGAGAUACCCAACCUGCAGCAACACCAGCAAUGGUCAAAUCUGCCACAGCCGGAGAAACUAGAAAUUCAUUGACUAAUCUUAGUCGACCUGUUAGUCCAAAUAUGCAGGCACAUCCUACAGGCCUUAAAAAGUCAUGGCAUCAGUUGUUUAGUCGCUCAGCUGCAGUUUCCCCUUGCCCCGAUGUUACUGCUUCAGCUCGUGAGAAGAACAUGCAGCCUGCCCCAAAUGGUGCACAGAUAAGCAGCGCUCAAAAUUUUCUUGCUCAGUAUCCUCCUCUGGACAGCACGCCGAAGUUAAGCCAAUCCAUGCACUCUGCAGGGUUUCCGCCAGUGAAUGGAGCAUCUGCCAAUAUGCCGCUAUCUCAUUUUCCAGCGGGACACUCGCCCUUCGGUAAAGUUUCAGAAGCAGCAUUACUGGAAGAACCUGAGCAAUUUGAGGACCCAUGCUAUGAUCCAGAUGCCAUCGCAUUGCUUGGUCCAGUUUCAGAGUCCCUAGACAACUUCCCUCCAGACUGGGAUAGCAGAUUCACCUUGAAUGAUGUCACCAAGCAACCACAUGUUAGGAACCCCAUGCCUUCACCAAUUGAGUCUCCUCUAUCAAGAUCACGGACUGUUGAACGAAAUCCUAUUAGACCCUCACAUUUCUCAACUGCAAAAGGGCAUAAUGGUUCAAUGUCAGCUGAGGCUAACAAUGAGCAAGGCACAUGGCAAAUGUGGAGCACGCCGCUGGUACAGGACAGUUUAGGCCUGCGAGGUCCUCAGGGACAAUGGCUUCUACCAAACACAAAUCAAUUCAACCAUGGCAUCAAUCAUUUGAAUGGUGGAACAAGAAGCCCCCUCAGUGCUGGUCUGAAUGACAACGAUUUAUGGCGGCAGAAAUCACCCUUCCAGCAGUUGCCUCUUGAUACAGAUAGUCUGUUCCUUUCACACGACAUGUCAGAAAAUGCUAUACACAACGACUUGGGUUUUGGAUCUCCAAACAAAACAGCCCGUGCGCACCCCUUUGGACCACCUGAUCCUUGUCAUUCUUGGUCCAAGGAGCAGCUGGUGCCGAAUGGACCCCAGGGAGCUAGUCCAAUCCGUUCGCCGCCAACUGGAGGGCAUGCUGGUUUAUUUCCAACGAAUCCAAAUGCCCAAUCAGUCUGGUCGUUUGAUAAGAAAAGGGACAGCAUAGAAGUUAUGGGUGAAGCAAGGCUCCCUCCUUCCAGUCUAGGGAGUUGAGGAGACAUCGGCGUCGGACCGGACUGUAUUCCCUUAUGCGAAAAACGAAACAUAGCCGUCUUAUUUAGUAAGCACUCACCUGUUAACAUUGUGCGCCUUAUGCAUCCGUGUUAGGUUUCUCGCCUGAUACGCUUGUUUGGUGCAUUUUUUGGUGGAUUCAAUGCAAUGCAAUAUGCAAUGGUCGGGUUA